AUGGCCUUCUUUUUCCUAGUUCCAGAACAAAAAAUUAGAGAUGAUAUAGAAAGAAAAAAUAAAUGUGACCUCGUCCUGGGUGUUUGCAAGCCUGAAUGCAACAGCUGGGAAUAUAUCUUUAAUUACUGUGAAGCUGAACCCUGCUGUGUAAUUCGGGAAUACAGACUGCCUUAG